AUGUCGUACGUCUUGAGCGAAAACACAUCAUAUACGCUUGCACACCGAGUGUGUCCUUUCUUUCCGACUUCUUCAAAAGACCAAUCACUUCCUCUUUCACAAUUAUCUGUUCAAAAGAAAUUUGCAAAGCACCUCCUUAAAACACGCCGACAGACUACUGUGGAGUGUAAUGUUGCAAAUCCUUUUCUUCUUAAUGUCUCUGGUUAUUCAUCGCAAGAAAAUAGUCUAUGUUUGGCAUACAACAAAGUUAUCACUUCAUGUAUCACUCUUCCAAAGGGAUUCUACAGUUGGUUUUUUAGAGUUGAUAAGCGCGCGUUAUACAGUGUAUUAGUCCUCAACAAAUUUGGGAUUCUGACAGGCAUCUCGAACAUACUAUCCGACAAGAACUUCAUAUUUAAUGCUUCCCUUUUUACAUCACAAACUUUGAAAAUCACAUUUGACUCUCGUAAUACUGAGAAUUCCGCAUUUUUUGUUGUAAGAAUUUUAAACAAACAAUUUGGGAGUUCGUGGGGAUAUUCAUUUCAAUUUAAAAGUCAUGAAAAAAGCUCUGCAAAUAAAAGCAUCCCAUUCGAUUGUAAUUCACAGCAAGAUUUUAAAGAAGAAUUUGAGGUCGUAGCUGAGAAGAAGAUAGACGUCGGUGUAAAAAGCUUUGUUCUUGUUUUCAAUAAGAAACUCGAGACGGGAUAUUAUGAGAUCCGGUGGCAUUGCCCCAAGCAAGUUAGUCAACCAAAAAUUAACUCGUCAGUUAAAAAGCAGAAAACCAAAGAAAUAAUUUCAGCGGACUCGCCUUACGUUUAUAAAAUUGACUUUGUUAUCAAUGACACUGUUAAUGUACCCACCUUCUUGUAA